AUGACGCUGCUCAAGCCUCUCCUCUCACUCUUCAGUCUCGUCGUAACUCUCCGCUUCGCGUCGGGCAUCGAGUACACCUCCAAUGGAGUCGCCAUCGUGGGCACGACGGAGCCCCUCGACAUCAACGUGACCGCCGGCACCUCCCGCGAGGACCUCAUCUCGUACCAAUUCGCGUCGUACAUCGCCGUCCACUUCGCCGACUUCAACCUGCCGGACGGAGAUUCCGUGGUCAUCUCGUCCCCAGACGCCAACUCCUCCGUCUCGCACACGUACACAGGGCGGGGGCGGGACCAGAGCGGCACGUUCAUCGCCAGCUUCGUGCCCGGUAACUCCGUCACCGUCACGUACAAGUCCGUCGGAGCUGCCACAGCCGGACAGGGCUACCGCAUCACUGGCUACUCGCGCGGAUACCCGACCAUGGACCAGGAGUCCAUCUGCGGCGACGGAGACCAGUCGCUGCCCGCCAAGUGCUACGCGCCCGGCACGAACCUGUCCGAGGGGCUGCCUCAAGCCUACAAGAAGGCGCAGGCCGUCGCUCGACUGCUGAUCAACGGCACGUACCUGUGCACUGGCUGGCUCGGAGGCAGCGAGGGCCACCUCUUCACCAACCACCACUGCUUCGAGCAGGAGGACUGGGCACUCACCACGGACUUCGAGUUCGCAGCUGAGAGCUCGUCGUGCAGUGACCAGUGCGAGACGCAGCUCGGUUGUGCCGGGACGAUCGUGGCCACGACGUCGACACUCAUCGCCGACAGUGAGGACAUCGACUACUCGGUGGUGAAGCUGCCGGACUGCGUGGACCUGUCGGCGUACGGUUAUCUCCAGCUGCGCGAGUCGGGGCCGGUGGUGAACGAGUCCAUCUACGUGCCGCAGCACCCGGACGGCUACGCCAAGCGCAUCGUGAGCACUGUGGACGACGGAGGUGACACGACGAUCCUCAGCGUUGGAGAGGACGGAAGCUGCGGGACGGAGCAGGUGGGCCACGACGCUGACACGCAGGGAGGCUCCUCCGGGUCGCCUUUGAUCUCGUCCAGCGACAACCUGGUGGUCGCCAUUCACCACUGCGGAGGCUGCGCGAACGCAGCGAUCGACGUCCGCACG